AACCGGAAAAUAAUAAAGAUUUUUGUCUAAUGGAAGUUUACGUACUUGGCAAGCUGUUCGAAAAUGAUCGUGCCGAGCACGCUACUUGGUCAAGUUUGCGUACGCCGAGUAUAUAAAACGUUGCCGUUUGAAAGAAGAAGUCACUCGUUCAGUCCUGGUGUCCGAUUUUCUUCUUUUUCUCAGCGACAGAUUUUCAGAAAUUCUUGGUUUUCAAACGCAUUUUUUUUUUUUUUUUCCCUCUCUUUGAAAAUGGCAAGCAAGCUUAAGGUAGAAGAGCUCCGAACCCAACUGGCCCAACGUGGUCUCAGCACCACCGGAACUAAACACACCCUGUAUGUUUCAGGUGCGAAGACUAGACUCUGCCAUUCGCAAAGAAAGCAAGCAACUUUCAGUUGCAGCAAAUGGUGGUGAUGGAACAGUCGGUAAGAAGAGAGAAAGGGAAUCGGUGGAUGAUGAUAAGCCAAAUGGUUCGGAGAAAAUCAAGGCCGUCGACUCGUUCCGUGAUAUGGGUAUUCAGCAACUGCGUGAACAAGCCGCUCUUCGUGGAAUUUCCACUUCUGGGUCCAAGAAAGAAUUGUUGGAGAGGCUUUGUGAAUAUUCAGACAAAGGCAGCAAUGACAUUCCUCAAGUCAACGAAGAAAAGAAUGACAACAAGGAGAAAAUUAUCACUGCUACCAAAAAGGGUGCAGCAGUGCUGGAUCAAUGGUUACCAGAUGACAUUAAGACACAAUAUCAUGUUCUGCAAGUGGACGAUGAGAUAUAUGAUGCCAUGUUGAACCAGACAAAUGUUGGACAUAAUAACAACAAGUUCUACGUGAUUCAAGUUCUUGAAUCUGAUGAUGGCGGUAAGUACCUGGUUUACAAUAGAUGGGGAAGAGUAGGCAUUAAGGGUCAAGACAAGAUAUUGGGUCCUUACCAACGAGAUGGUGCAAUCAACGAGUUUGUGCAAAAAUUUUACGCAAAGACCAAAAAUACUUGGUCUAGUCGGAAAGCAUUCAUUUCACACCCAAAGAGCUAUACUUGGUUAGAAAUGGAUUAUGGUGAAAAUGAUAAGGAAUCAACUGUCAAAGAAAAGCCUGGUUCUACUUUAGGAGCUCAACCCCGAGAGACAAAACUUGAGCCUCGUAUUGCAAAAUUUAUAUCUCUCAUUUGCAAUGUUAGCAUGAUGAAGCAGCAAAUGAUGGAAAUAGGAUACAAUGCCGAUAAGUUGCCACUUGGUAAGCUGAGCAAAUCAACAAUUUCAAGGGGCUAUGAUGUCCUGAAAAGGAUUGCUGAUGUGAUUGGCCAGUCUGAUAGGAGAGCACUUGAACAAUUAAGUGGAGAAUUCUACACUGUCAUUCCUCAUGACUUUGGAUUUAAAAAAAUGCGUGAUUUUGUGAUUGACACUCCUCAAAAGUUGAAAAGCAAGUUAGAAAUGGUUGAAGCACUAAGUGAAAUUGAGGUUGCAACAAAAUUGUUGGAGGAUGAUAUUGGGAUGCAGGCAGAUCUCCUGUUCUCUCAUUACCAACGCCUUCAUUGUGAACUGAUUCCACUUGAUGCUGAUUCUGAUGAAUUCACCAUGGUUGCAAAGUAUAUGCAGAAUACCCAUGCAAAGACACAUUCGAAUUAUACUGUUGAUAUUGUUCAAUUAUUCAGAGUAUCAAGAGAGGGUGAAGUUGACCGUUUCGGAAAGUUCUCUAGCACCAAUAAUAGAAUGCUUCUAUGGCAUGGUUCCCGCCUCACAAAUUGGACUGGCAUCUUAUCCCGAGGUUUACGCAUUGCUCCGCCUGAAGCACCCGUAACUGGAUACAUGUUUGGUAAAGGGGUUUACUUUGCUGACAUGUUCUCCAAAAGUGCAAAUUAUUGCUAUGCUUCUGAUGCUUCUUCAACUGGCGUUCUGCUUUUAUGUGAGGUUGCCUUAGGUGACAUGGCUGAGCUUCUUACCGCCAAGUAUGAUGCUGAUAAGCUACCAGAGGGAAAGUUAAGCACAAAAGGUGUUGGGGAAACUGCACCAGAUCCAUCAGAAGCUCGCACUAUGGAAGGCGGUGUCUUAGUUCCGCUAGGAAAGCCUAAAAAGCAUAAUGGCCGUAAGGGCGCUCUGUUAUACAAUGAGUACAUAGUGUACAAUGUGGAUCAGAUUAGGAUGCGCUAUGUUGUUCAAGUGCAUUUCAGUUUUAAACGAUGAAGCAUCCAAAUUUUCGUCUCUGCCUUGUACAUGGAAAUAUCACUUUAGUCAUCUUUAUUAUUACUUUCUUGCAAUGAGGGAUUUAAUACAUGGAGGAGAAAAAGAAACUGAGUCGUAAAUUCAAAGUAGCGAAUAUAUUAUUCACUUUGAUAAUCAUAUUCAAGGUUCUUAAGCCCCAA